CUUGCAAGGAGAAAUGCAGACGUCAAGUUCAACGACGCUUAAGAAAGUGUUUAAAAUCCUCACACUCUUUGGUUUCCUCAGUGCGUCUUUCUUUGGAGUGCUGCUGCUGUACAACGGGACAGACAUCUCCAGCCCCCAGGCCCCGCUUCAGCACGGGGGGUCCACUGGGAACGACAAGCUGGAGACACAGGCAGUUGUUCAACAGGUGCAGCCGAACAUGACGACCCCAGCCCCGAGUGUCCCCUGGAAGGAGGAGGAGGGGACCACGCCGGGGGACAGGACACAGCCGUGCCCCGACGACCCCCCGGAUCUCCUCGGUCCCCUCCAGGUGGACUUUAGACUCAAGAUGACUCUGUACGAGGUGCGGCGGAAGCUGAACUCCUCUCUGCGGGAGGGAGGCCGCUACCAGCCCCCGGACUGUGUCUCCAAACACAAGGUUGCAGUUGUCAUUCCAUUCCGAAACCGACACGAGCACCUGAAUUACUGGCUUUACUACCUCCAUCCUAUCUUGAUGAGGCAGCAGUUGGAUUAUGGCGUGUAUGUCAUCAACCAGGAUGGGGAUGGAGUGUUUAACCGGGCUAAACUGAUGAAUGUGGGCUAUGUGGAAGCCCUUAAAGAUUACGAUUAUAAUUGCUUCGUCUUCUCUGACAUAGACCUGGUUCCCAUGAACGACCGGAACCUUUACAGGUGUUUUGACAAUCCCAGACACCUGGCUGUGGCAAUGGACAAAUUUAAUUUCCAGCUACCGUACGAUACCUUCUUUGGUGGGGUUUCCUCGCUGUCCAAGGAGCAAUACCUAAAGAUCAACGGCUUCCCGAACACUUACUGGGGCUGGGGCGGUGAGGACGACGAUAUCUUCGGGCGGAUCGGCCUCCGCGGGAUGUCGAUUUCUCGCCCCGACCUUCAGACGGGAAAGUACAAGAUGAUCAAGCACGUGAGAGACUUGCACAAUGAGCAAAAUCCAGAGAACCCCUACAAAUUAAGCCAUAUCGGGAGGACCAUGGAUGAAGAUGGGUUUAACUCCCUCAACUACACAGUCAAGGAGAUUGUGAAGGACAUUCUGUACACUUGUAUCACUGUGGAUGUUCACGCUCCGCCAAGCUGAACGAAAGGGGAACCUGUAGAUUCUGGACUGAACCACCGUCUCUCGCAAGCAUCUUAAUAAACCACUGUGUGUGUUCAAGAGGGCAAAGUGUUACUGAAAACCACGAUGAAGUGCAGAGUUUAUUUUAUUUUACUUAUACUUGAUAAGACAUCAUCCAUCGAUUUCUUACUGUCUCACAUCUCUUGUUCUUGCUCAUGAUAUAACUUAGUGCUCAAACCUGAACAAGGUGGACACAUGUUUGGUUUAGGCGGAGGUUGUGCUGUCAUCGCAGGGACUUUCUAUGGACGGUUGCACAAUGGCAGAGGAUUAAAAGACUAUUCUCAUGUGUUCCAUUGGUGUGUAGAGUGGAACAAGGGACCGUUUGUCCUAGAAUCCAUAAAAUAUCACACAUCGCUCAUCAAAACUCAAGAUACACUGAAUUUAAGUUCUUUUAAUGCACAGCUAAGAGCCAGCGCAGCCAUCUAUUUUGGUUUUGAAAAACAGCCUUAAUUUCGCCCAUAAUCCACUGGAAAUAAGACCUAAAUACAGAAGUAAAUCGCUGUGCAACUGACUUAUAGAGAUGUCUUUAAUAGAAGUCCGUUGUUUUAGCUAUACCACAAGUCAAACUUGAUGUGAGGCGGCUCCUAAUUAGGUGAUGGAAUGGUCAAUAAGGUGGGGGAGGGCUUUGAUGUUUUAUUUCUCAUUUAUACAAUACUUUUAUUUUUAUGGUGUGGCCAUGAUGACAUCCCAAAAUCCAUUUGAUUUAAAAAGUUUUAUUUUGUGUGCUUUAAUGUGCUGUAGGGGCUCUUGUUAUCAUUUUCUGGGUACAGAAUGAUCACAGAUAUCAUUUGAAUGGCUAUGGUGUUAUUGUACUUUUUUUUCCUUUUUUUUUUUUUUUUUUUUUUUUUUUUAUCGAGAAGUAUUCGCAAUGAAAGGUAUGACCCCUGUACGGUCCAGCACUGUGAUUACCGGUGAACACGAAAGCAAAAAUGUUGAACAUAUAGCAAUUAAACUGUGAGUGAAAAACUAUUUAAACCUUUGCAUUUUGUUCUUGCACACUGGAACAUCACUGGUGCAGAAAGCGAGUGUUUCGUUAUCCUAUCAACAAUGACUAAUGUCUUCUGGGUGAGUUUUGAUCGUUACUGGGGGAAAGUUCACUGAAGGUUGCAGUUAAGAUUGUCUGCGAUCGCACUCAGAACUUCUAUUUGCAACUUAACUGAAACCAGGCAUGGAAGGGUGUGGCAUUCAUUUUAACAUUAAAUUACAUUUUAUUUAGCCGACGCUUGAACUUGAACUGAUCUGAAAGAAAAACCCAUGGGAGAUUUUAGGUGGUGCUCUCCAUAUUCAUCGUUAUAACAUUAUGUAUGAGAAUAUCUUUAGGAAGAAUCGUGUUACGUCACCUCCAGCAGAAUUUCAGUGACUCGUAGAAACCAGGACGAGGGCCAGUGAGGCUGUUCUGUGGAAAAUACAUCACCAUGACACUUUGUGUUUUUUUUGCCGUUAAAUUUGUCACCAAGGAUGACAGUUCACAUUUAAACUGACCGCUGACAACCGUGCCUUGAAUAUUAAACUUGAAAAGGAAAAGUGAGAAACAUCCAUUCCCCUCAAAAAAGGAGACAAAAAGAGCUUUUGAAUUUAUUUGAUUUGAUUAUUUUCUAUUCAAAUUCAGCUUUAUUUCUAUCAUUUGGGGCCUGUGAAAUAAAAGCUGUGGUAUAAAAAUGCUAAUAUUUCAAAAAGCAGAUUUUUUUCCAGACCAUUUGGGCAAUGAGAAGCAGGUGGACUAGAGGAAGGUUGAGAGGCACGCAGACAGACAGACAGAUCCCUUGUAUAGAACGUGGAGCCAUCAAAACCACUCUGAUUCUGAAGUAGCUCUGAUCGGCUGUCAUUGCAUUGCGUCCCACACAUCUGAGACCACUCAAAACCAAGCAGAGGUUA